ACGGAGAGUCAAGACACACACUCACACGGAGAGUCAAGACACACACUCACAUGGAGGGUCAAGACACACACUCACACGGAGGGUCAAGACACACACUCACACGGAGGGUCAAGACACUCACUCACACGGAGAGUCAAGACACACACUCACACGGAGAGUCAAGACACACACUCACACGGAGGGUCAAGACACACACUCACACGGAGGGUCAAGACACACACUCACACGGAGAGUCAAGACACACACUCACACGGAGGGUCAAGACACACACUCACACGGAGAGUCAAGACACACACUCACACGGAGAGUCAAGACACACACUCACACGGAGAGUCAAGACACACACUCACACGGAGGGUCAAGACACACACUCACACGGAGAGUCAAGACACACACUCACACGGAGAGUCAAGACACACACUCACACGGAGAGUCAAGACACACACUCACACGGAGAGUCAAGACACACACUCACACGGAGAGUCAAGACACACACUCACACGGAGAGUCAAGACACACACUCACACGGAGAGUCAAGACACACACUCACACGGAGAGUCAAGACACACACUCACACGGAGAGUCAAGACACACACUCACACGGAGAGUCAAGACACACACUCACACGGAGAGUCAAGACACACACUCACAUGGAGAGUCAAGACACACACUCACGGAGACACGGAGGGUCAAGACACACACUCACACGGAGAGUCAAGACACACACUCACACGGAGAGUCAAGACACACACUCACACGGAGAGGGAGAGUCAAGACACUCACUCACACGGAGAGUCAAGACACACACUCACACGGAGAGUCAAGACACACACUCACACGGAGAGUCAAGACACACACUCACACGGAGAGUCAAGACACACACUCACACGGAGAGUCAAGACACACACACUGUAAAGAUAAACUCAAAACACCCCCCUGCAGUUUUAAAGUGUUACUCCCUCUGUGAGCUGCCAUACUUUGUACUGUUUGUUUUGAUAGAAGCAGGACCUACAGAAGGUGAAAUGUAACCUCUCUGUCUGUCUAACAUAGACUAUGUAUGUAUAGACACUAUCUUGUGUGUAAUAUAUGUCAUUUUGAAUAGAAUGGAUCGGCUCUAUUUUGACAUUAAAAGCUCUUUCUACCUUCUUGAGAA